CGACAUGCAUAGCCUCCAAUGAAAACGGCCGUAAUCCCCCAAAAACUUGACCUUAGAAUGACAAUGAAACUUGGUCUCGGUGGCACGAAAGGCCGUUGGAUAAUGGUACUAUUUUCAUCACGCAAAAUAUUAUGGGAUAUAAGCUCUUUGCUUUUAAAUACAUUGCAUUGGGCCACUCCCGCAUUCUGGUGGUUUGCUUCACUCGUCUUCCCUAGAGCUGAGUGUAUCUGCUUGGGUCGGCUCCAUUGACUCUCUGACAAGUUUCCGAAGUCGAAAGAAGAAUGUUGAGAUCGCUAGCUGCUGUUGUCUUGGUGUUGGGACUCGUGGGCUUCCAGAUGACCACCGCCUGGAAUGGGGAUAAAUUGGACCUGCUGGAGCGUGUUCUAAAAGAGGAGGUUGAAGAAAGCAAGAAGUCAGGAGACUCCACAAACCUCCCAAUUGUUGGCAAGAUCACCUGGCAGAGCUCAACAUUGGGUGCAUACUCAUCAGACAAGGCAGUUGAUGGCAGCUCGUCCUCCAAUCUGUACCCAUCACAGCACUGCUCGCAUACCAUUACUGCCGCCAGGGAUCCGUGGUGGAUGGUCGAUCUUGGGAGCAACCACUGCAUCAGCAAAGUCCGCAUUCUGAACCGUGGUGACUGCUGCAGCGAGCGCUUAGAGGGCGCUGUUGUCCGCGUUGGUCCCAGCGUCACCGGCACAGAGAACUGGGCCUGUGGCUCACCGGUAACUGCUGCUCAAGCUGCACCAUCGGGCGGUACCAUCGAGUUCACCUGCUAUCCCGCACUGAAAGGUCGCUACGUCAGUGUUGAUAUCCCUGGGUCAGCCACCCUGCAACUUUGUGAGGUUACAUUAGAGGAGAUUCCCCUGAGCCAAUGCCCCGUUCCGCAGCCGUUCAACGUCGUUGGCAAAACAGCGGAGCAGAGCACAACGCACGGUGCGGGUUAUACAGCAGACUUGGCAGUGGACGGGAGUUCAUCUGCAAUCUUGUACCCCGCCAGGCACUGCUCGCACACUGUUACCAACUCGAACCACCCUUGGUGAAAAGUCGAUCUUGGUGGAGAGCAGUGCGUUACCAAGGUAACCAUCCUGAACCGUGGUGACUGUUGCAGUGACCGUCUGCAAAAUGCCAUUGUUCGCGCUGGGACAUCCGAGACUGCCACCGCGAACCAGGCAUGCGGGGCACCAAUCACUGCUAGUCAAGCCCAGCCGUUGGGCGGGACCAUCGAGAUUAAAUGUGACCGACCAUUGAGGGCACGCUACGUGAGCGUCGACAUUCCAGGAACCGCUACACUGCAACUCUGUGAGGUGUCAGUGGAAGUGCUGUCAAGCCCAGAUUGCUAAUUUAUUCCUGAUUGACACGGUCCCAUAUGACAAUAAUGGACUAGAUGACGAAUCUUCAAUUUCAACAUUCAAAUCUUUUUGAUUUCUCAAUUUCUGCUUCCCUUUGCUGAGCUAGCUAUAUAGAGUUCAUUUGAAUUAAAGUAAAUGAUGAAUCACUUUGUCGAAAAAACUCUCUUUUGCAAUGAUAUUAUUUUAUGCGUGCUCACCCAAGUGGGGACAAUCAACCGCGCAGGCACCAUACUGAAAUUUUUGUAAGCGAAUUACGUCGACAAAUGGGACAAGAAAAUGUGAAUGGUGGAUCUGAAAAGAACUGAAUUGUAGGAAAUAUUUGACCACAGACACAGUCAAUUUAAGGCAAGCAUUUUUGGCGACUCGGAGUACAAUCGUUAAUGUAUUUCCAACUACAGUCAAGAAGUUACGAUAGAGAUAUAUUUGUUAUUUUUUUAGUUUGUUGAGGUGUAUGAGUUGGGAUGUUUAUUUCUUUUUGUUCUUUUCCUUCCUUUU